AUGGGUGAAAACAUUGCCACAAGGAACCAGCUGCAGCUUCACCACAGCCCAGCUUUUGAUGUCUCACUCGACGUGCAAGGAGGCUCCAAAAUCGUCGAUGAAGAUGGCGGCCCCAAAAGAACCGGAACUCUCUGGACGGCAAGUUCACACAUAAUUACUGCUGUGAUUGGGUCUGGAGUUCUGUCCUUGACUUGGGCCAUAGCUCAGCUUGGAUGGAUUGCUGGUCCUGUUGUGAUGGUCAUGUUCUCCUUCAUCACGUACUACGCUUCAACUCUUCUUGUUUCCUGCUAUCGUGAUCCCGUCACUGGAAAGAGAAGCCGCACUUACUCGGAUGCUGUUCGAUCCCACCUUGGUAAAGUUCAGGUCAAAAUGUGUGGAUUUAUUCAGCAAUUGAACCUUUUUGGAACUACUAUUGGCUAUACUGUAACAGCAGCUAUAAGCAUGGUGGCAAUAAAAAGGUCUACUUGCAUCCACAAUAGUGGUGGAAAAGAUCCAUGCCUUACCAGCAGCAAUCCCUAUAUGCUGGCUUUUGGAAUCUCAGAAAUUAUAUUGUCUCAAAUUCCGAACUUUGAUAAGUUGUCUUGGCUCUCCAUUGUUGCUGCAUUCAUGUCCUUCACUUACUCAGGAAUUGGACUAGCCCUUGGAAUUGCAAAAGUUGCUGAAAAUGGAAAAAUCAAGGGAAGCAUGUUCGGAAUGAGCAUUGGGGUUGUGACUCCAGCCCAAAAGAUGUGGAGGACCUUCCAAGCACUUGGUGACAUAGCUUUUGCCUUCUCUUACUCAAUCAUCCUCAUUGAAAUUCAGGACACAGUUAAAUCCCCACCAUCUGAAACCAAAACAAUGAAGAAGGCCACUCAACUUAGUUUGGCAGUGACAUCCAUUUUCUACAUUCUAUGCGGCUGCAUGGGCUACGCUGCUUUUGGAGACUUAGCUCCGGGAAACCUCCUUACUGACAAAGGCUUAUCCAGCCCAUUUUGGCUCAUCGACAUAGCCAACGCCGCCAUUGUGAUCCACCUUGUUGGUGCAUACCAAGUUUUCGCCCAACCCAUUUUCGCAUUGGUCGAAAAAACAGCAGCAAAAAUUUUUCCAGCCAGCCAGUUCAUCACAAAAGACAUCAAAAUAACAAUCCCGCAUUUAGGUUCCUACAACCUUAACCUCUUCAGUUUGGUUUGGAGAACAUUAUUUGUGAUUCUAACCACUGUGAUCUCCAUGAUCCUCCCAUUCUUCAACAAUGUGGUUGGAUUUCUCGGGGCUUUGGGGUAUUGGCCACUCACAGUUUAUUUCCCCGUGGAGAUGUACAUUGCUCAAAAGAAGAUACAAAAGUGGAGCAUGAGAUGGAUUUGCCUCGAAAUCCUCAGUUUUUGUGUCCUUGUAAUCGCCCUAUGUGCUGCAGGUGGUUCAGUUACUGGUGUGGUUCAUGAUCUCAAGGUCUACAAGCCCUUCAAAACCAGUAGUUAA